UUGUAACAUUUGAACAGCUGGUGGCGGUCGGAAUGUAACAAAAGGAUCGAGAGCGGCGGCGGUGAGAGAUUUAAGAUACACUCCAGUCAAUGGGACUGAAUUUGUUCGAAACAAAAACAGAAUUACCUGGAAAAACUCAGCAGGUCUGGCAGCAUCGGCGGAGAAGAAAAGAGUUGACGUUUCGAGUCCUCAUGACCCUUCGAGGCUGGUAGAAGUUACACUGUUAACCCAGCUGGUUACCCUCUGGUUGGUAUCCGGCCGCUUAAUCGCUGACAUGGCCGAAGAGAAGAAGCUAAAGUUAAAGCGGAAGAGAGUUACCGUCCCAGCCAAGAGGGAGUUGCACCCCAAGCCCCGGCUCACGGAUGCCUGCCACCUAAUUGAAGAAGCCGCUAAGGACCCUCCCAAAGAGGAGCCAGGAACUGAGGGGAAGGGGCUGCCACUUGCUGCUUCCAGCUGGCUAAACAACGAUGAUUUGAAUGAGACUGACCACAUCUGGGCUCUUUUCAUAAAAUCUGUGUUUCCGGGCAUGGAAGUGUCAGAUUGGAAAACUGUGCCAGUGCCAGAUUUGCCAUCAAGCCCUGAGAAGAUCCUCAAAAGCACUGAACCUGUCUCCACAGAGAUCAUCUCUGCAGGCAGAAAGAUUUUUACAUGGAUACCUUUUCCACCUGCGUGCAAAGCAAUGACUCUGGAAGUAAAGCACAGAUCUCAACUGUUCCCCAGUUGGAGAGACGAUGCCUUCAGGAAUGGGGAGAUAAUGGACACCACUGAACCCAAAAUGGGCAGAUCCCAACUUUCUUUAUCAGAAACAGUGCAGAAUGAAGGCAUUUUAUCUUCUAUAGAUGUGGCAAAGUGCCUUGAUUAUACAAAAGGAAAUGCAAAAUCUGAAGGUGUUUUUGGAAUGGAUCCAACAGUAUUCUCUACAGAGCCUGCUACAAGUAAACAUGCAAAAUCUUACCCAGUAAAUGAGCAACAUGGCAGAGGACAUAUGCCAGUUGACGUUACUCACUGCCGCGUCGCAUCCCUUCAGAGAAAUCAAAAGGAACCAAAGCAAUCGGUGCUUGAAUUACAGUCCAAUCUGAAGGGCUACCAGGGGAAGAUAAAAGAGCCCAAAAUGGCAACAAGAGAGGCAUUAUGUGCUGGGAAAGACAAUGUUGAUAUCAUUACAGGGGAAUGCCAAGACCAUUCAUUCACUGUGGCUGGGUUCUGUGCCACCAGCAAGAUGAGUGCAGAAGAUGCUGUCAAUAAAGGGAGGCCUGAUGUGCAGGUGGAUGGAGAACUGGACUUGGAGAGCUGUCCAAUGUGCCUUGUCCCGUUUCCUGCAGGAUUCACUGUGUUGGAAGUUGAUAGCCAUCUCGCCAAAUGCCUCUCUGAAAGCACAGAAGAUGUGAUGUGGUAAUUACUUGGACAAAGGAGCACCAUGUUAAAGCAGCUUGGAUACAUUGCAAUGAGGCCUAUAAAUAAAGUGCUUGGGAGCUGAAAAAUGUAGUCUGCAUUUGUGGUCAUAUCUCAUGUUUCAUUGGAUUUAAAAAUUGUUUGAUAAUAACUGCCUAACUAUUCAGGAUAAUUAGCUAAGUUAGGGUUUUUUAUCCAGAUCAGUUGUUUUCAACAUCAUUUUAUCACAUCAGAUGGGGUCUUGGCUUACUGUAGACAUUGACUGUUGGCAUAUGCUUAGUUGCUUGGUUAGCAGAAUCUUUAAUUGAUAUGCUAUGAUUAUUUACUAUCCCUUUUAUUUGAAGAUAGUGACUUCUUACUGGGUGCCAGUUACCCUACAGUAUUUCACUUGUGCCUAUUGUCAUAUUUCAGUGUCUACAAUGGUGAUCAUUAGGCUAUUUUGUGCAGGAGGUCCUGUCCAAGUAUUUGCAUUCCUAAAAGAGGUCUCAGGCUAGUAAGAGGGAACCCUGGGUGAUUUUUGAAUCUGUGACUCAGGACUGCUGAGAGCUAUUAUAGCAGCACCCUUACUGCAUCUAUAGCUGAAAUGAGCCAAGUUUCCUCAAUAUUGCAAUCAGCUGUAUUACUGAGCUGCCCUCUUGAUAGGGUUAUUGAGCUUGACAAACUGAACUGUGAUAUGCAAAUAGUAUUUCUAAAUAAACCAUAAAAGUGGGAUUGCUUACCUUUUGUUGAUCAGGGUUGUUGGUUGAAAGGUUAAUCUUCUCGUGUAAGAUAUUUGAGCAUAAAAAAAAUCAGAGGAACACAUGUCUCCAAGCGUUUCAAUGUUAGGCUCCUUUUUACAUCUGUAACAGUUCUUUGUUAUGUUCACCUUAGUUCCUUUCAAGCUGAUGAAAUAGUUCAACUUGAGUCUCAGUAGAGAAAUCUUUAUCAAAUUAUAACUGUUCAAAAAAUGUGCAUAACUUUUACAAUGGAAUUUAUCACUAAGUUUGGAAACAUGGCUUGGACACCAAUACAAGCCCCAGGAUGAUAACAUUUGCCAUAUCUUUGUAAUAAAGGGUCAAAAUAAGUACAAAUAAUAAAGGAAACUUGUUUAGCAGACAAAAA